AAAAGCUAGCCCCCCCUCCUCCCCCCACCUUUCCCCUCUCCUCGCCGUCUAGGGUUCCCCACCGGCCACCACCACCUCCCACCCCAUCCCAUGCCUCUCCUGCUCCUCCUGCUGCUCCCCAAACCCUAGGAGGACCAGGAGCCCGUCCCCGACUCCACCAUGGCCGCCACCGUCGCCGCGGGGGGCGACGGCGGGGGCGACUACACGUUCGCGGCGGAGUACGACGGCCCGCCGCUCCCUUACUCCCUGCCGCGCGCCAUCCCGCUCGACCUCUCUCGCAUCCCGCUCGCCGCGCUCUCCUCCUCGCCCCCCGUCUCCUCGCCGCCCCCCGUCGUGCGCCCGCUCACCCCGUCCUCCCUCUGCUCCGCCAUCCACGCCCACCAGGCCGCUUCUGCUUCUGCGGCGGCGGCGGCCACGGGGCCUCCUCCUCGCUCUUCCUCGGGGACUGCGGGGGGUGGCGCUGGCGCACCCCCGGCGGCGGUCGCUGACUCACCCACCUCCGUCAUCGAGAACCACCACGCCGCCGCGCACCACUCCGCAGAGCUUCCUUCCUCCCUCCCCUCCGACGCCGAAGACGCGGAUGAAGAUGGCGAGGAGGCCGGUGACCAGGCGGGGAUGCCGGUUCCCCACAAGCCCACCGUCUCCUUCGCCGAGACCAGCGGCUCCCUCCUCGAAUCCUCCUCCUCCUCGUCCGAGGAGGAGGACGACGACGACGAAGGCGCCGACGAGGCCCCGCCCCACGCCGCCUCCGCUCGAUCCAGCGGCUCCCUCUCCCCCGCGCAUUUCGAAUCGGCGAGCCACCGGAAGGGACCCAGGCCCCGGGGCUGCUACAGAUGCGGGAAGGGCGGCGGCUUCUGGGGCCGAGGGGACAAGGAGUCGUGCCUCGCCUGCGGCGCGCGGUACUGCACGGAGUGCCUGCUCCGGGCCAUGGGGUCCAUGCCGGAGGGCCGCAAGUGCCUGGACUGCAUCGGCCGGCCCGUGGUCGAGUCGAGGCGGAACGCGCUGGGGCGAGGCUCCCGCGUGCUGCGGCGGCUGCUCAGCGCGGCUGAGGUGGAGCUCGUCAUGAGGAGCGAGCGCGCGUGCGCGGCGAACCAACUGCGCCCGGAGGACGUUUAUGUCAACGGUGCGAAGCUGUUGCCGGAGGAGCUUGCGCUGCUGCAGGGGUGCCCGUGCCCUCCUUCCAGGCUCCGGCCUGGCUUCUAUUGGUACGACAAGGUGUCCGGCUUCUGGGGCAAGGAGGGACACAAGCCCCAUUGCAUAAUAAGCCCAAAUCUAAAUGUUGGUGGUACCCUAGAUCAAAAGGCAAGCAAUGGGAGCACUGGAAUAAUGAUAAAUGGCCGUGAGAUUACAAAAUCGGAGCUGCAAAUGCUUAAGUUGGCAGGAGUUCAAUGUGCUGGCAAACCUCACUUUUGGGUGAAUGCUGAUGGGAGUUACCAAGAGGAAGGCCAAAAAACUGUCAAAGGGAAGAUCUGGGAUAAGCCUAUAGUAAAGCUGCUUAGUCCUGUCCUGUCAUUGCCAACGCCUAACAAAGCAACUAAUCAAUGCGGUGAAGAAGCUGUUCAUGUGGGAGGUCAACUGAUCCCUGACUACUUGGAGCAAAGGUCAAUCCAGAAGCUUUUGUUGGUUGGAUCAGGGACUAGCACCAUACUCAAGCAGGCUAAAUUCUCAUACAAGAGCAAACCAUUUUCGCCGGAUGAGUGUGAAGAUCUCAAACAUAUAAUACAAAGUAACAUAUAUCGCUACCUCGGUAUACUACUUGAAGGGCGUGAACAAUUUGAAGAGGAAGUUUUGGCUGAUAGAAGAAAAAUCUGCCAGCAUGAUCCUUCUAGCUCUGGGCAUUCUGAAUCGGGGUUCUGUGAUGAAGUUACAGACUACUCCAUUGUCCCGCGCUUGAAAGCAUUGUCUGAUUGGAUUCUAAAAGCCAUGGCUUUUGGUAAUCUUGAAGACAUAUUCCCUGCAGCUAGUCGUGAAUAUGCGCCACUGGUUGAGGAACUAUGGAAAGAUCCUGCUAUUCAAGCUACAUAUAGAAGAAGAAGUGAACUGCCGUUCCUGCCAUCUGCUGCCAGUUAUUUUCUUGACAGGGUGGUUGAUAUUUCUCGAACGGAAUACGAGCUCUCUGAUAUGGAUAUCCUCUAUGCUGAUGGAAUAACAUCAUCGGAUGGAUUGGCAUCUACAGAUAUCUCUUUCCCGCAGCUGGCUUUGGAUGCAAGGGUUGUUAAUGAGGCUGACCCACAGGACACCUUGCUAAGGUACCAGCUGAUACGAAUAAACAACAAAGGAUUGCAGGGGAACAACAAAUGGCUGCAGAUGUUCGAUGAUGUAAGGCUUGUUAUCUUCUGUGUCACGGUUAGCGACUAUGACGAGUGCUAUGAGGAUGCAAAUGGCAACAUUGUCAACAAGAUGAUGGAGAACAGGCGGCUAUUCGAGAGCAUCGUCCUCCAUCCGACAUUCGAGCAGAUGGAUUUCCUCGUACUUCUGACCAAGUUUGAUCUCCUAGAGCAGAAGAUUGGCAAUUCCCCGCUAACUUCAUGCGAGUGGUUCGACGAUUUCACUCCGAUGGUAAGCCGCAACCUGGUAAACGGGAGCAGCAGAAGCACCACUCGAAGCAGCAACACGGGCGCGUCGCUGGGGCAGAUGGCGGCGCACUAUGUCGCGACGAAGUUCAAGAGGCUGUUCCGUUCACUCGCGGGGCGGAAGCUCUACGUGUCGUACGUGAACGCCCUGGACCAGGAGUCGGUGCGGUCGGCGAUCCGCUACGGGCGGGAGAUUGUCAAGUGGGAGGAGGAGAAGCCCGUGUUUGGGGCCAGCUCCACCGUCUACAGCGGUGAGGAGCCGACCUCGUACUCCCACUGACACCGCCGGCCGACCGACCUUUUGUCUGGGCAAGGAGCACACAAGACAGAGAAGAAGAGGCGUGUAAAUAUAGCUGUGUAUUUUCCUCUGCCUGCCUGCCUGCGGCGACGACCACGGAACCUUUUGUUCAUGAUCCGCCUGUUAAUUUCUCUUUUUCUUCCCUGAGCUGAUCAUCCGCUUGUGUUGCAUGGUUGCUUGUAUUAAUUAGUUUGUUCACAGUUAGAACGAGGGGGUGCAUGCAAGAGAGGCCUGUGCCGGCUCCGAUUCUUGUGUAUGUGUGUGUGUGUAUUAUUGUCGAUCUCAUUUACACGGUGUUCAUUUCUUGUAUAAGUUGUUUGUUGCGUGCCCGCCUGACUCAUCUGAACAAGUAGGAAAGAACAAACAUAGCGGUA